CUGAGGGCCUGAAGUGAGGAAGCAGGUCGACUGGUUUGUUUGUUGGCCUCAACGCUGAGCAGACAGCAGGUGAAGAACCCGUUAACAGAGACCCACCGUUUGUAGUUUCCAUCUGUGUGAUCUGAGCAGAUUUGGACAAAAGGUGGGGCAGUGUUGAUAUUGUUGACACCACAUCAUGGAUCAGGAGGAUGACAAAAACUCUGUGGACAUCCACGACAACCCUCCGGCUCCCGACAACGUGGUGAGGGAGGAGGGAGACACGGUCUAUUUCAUCUAUGAGGAGGAGGUGGAGGUGGAGGAGAAGGAACCAGAACCUCCUUCAGAGCCGGUUGUCCGGGUCAACGACAAACCCCACAAGUUCAAGGACCACUACUGCAAGAAACCCAAGUUCUGUGACGUCUGCGCUCGCAUGAUAGUCUUGAACAACAAAUUUGCUCUGAGGUGUAAAAACUGUAAGACCAACAUCCACCACUCCUGUCAGUCCUACGUCGAGUUCCAGAGGUGCUUCGGCAAAAUUCCGCCGGGCUUCAGACGGGCCUACAGCUCUCCACUGUACGGCAGCGACCAACCAGACCCCAACAAUCCGAACCGGAACGACCCCGUUUUCGACACCCUGAGGGUCGGCGUCAUCAUGGCGAAUAAGGAACGCAAGAAGAACGAAGGCGACAAGAAAAACAUGUUGAUGAUGAUGGAGGAGGAGGAAGAAGAGAACCAACAGCCCAAAGAGAACGAGGAGGGAGGAGAAGGGAAGCCUGAUGACAAAAAGGAGAAGGGAGGAGACAAAGCUGAUGACAAGAGUAAAGGAACGUUCUCCCAGUCCCACUAUUACCUCGCUCUGUACCGCUUCAAGGCCAUCGAGAAAGACGAUCUCGACUUCCACCCUGGUGAUCGGAUCACGGUGCUGGACGACUCCAAUGAGGAGUGGUGGAGGGGAAAGAUGGGCGAGAAGUCGGGCUACUUCCCCACCAACUACCUCAUAAAAGUGCGAGCAUCAGAGAGAGUUUUCAAGGUGACCCGCUCCUUCGUCGGCAACAGAGAGAUGGGACAGAUUACACUAAAGAAAGACCAGAUUGUGGUGAAGAAAGGAGAUGAGAAAGGCGGCUACCUGAAGGUCAGCACUGGACGCAAGCUGGGCUACUUCCCUGCUGAUCUGCUGCAGGAAAUCACUGUGACAUAAACGCAAGGCUAUGGAAGGACAGAAGAAACAACACAAACUGGACACGUCACUGCUCAGGGGGAAUUCUCCUGAUCAAAUUUCUAUGUUUGUUGCCUUAAAAAAAACAACUGAAUCUGCCCAUAUUGUGUCUGUAAGAGCAGAAAUCUAUUUGCUGUAAUAUAUUUGUGCCUUUGAUGCAAAGUGAAGAGAGUGAAUAAGUUGGUAAAAGACAAUCAUAUGAUGCAUGUCUUUGGUUGAGAGCUGCAUAGUGAUCCAAAUGUUCAGAUGCUUUAAGUUCUAGUUUGCACACAUCCUGAGAACGAGUAGAGACGAAGCAGGUAAUAUAUUUAUAUAAGAGUAGAUGUUCAUUAAAGCUUAUUAUGAGAUUAAACCGAUAUCACAGCAAACUAGUUAAAUGCUGCCAUCACAAAACCUCAGAGUGCUGGAUAAAUAUUGAUAAUUUAAAUCAAAAUGCACCAAGAACCUCAUAAUUAACUUUAAAAAACACACAAAUUUAGCUGUUUCUUCCCAUUUAAUGCUACUGUUCAUUUACAGCUAUGCUCUGUGAAUCAGAUAUAUUGCAUGGCAUUCAUUCAGCAAUGAAAAAAAUAACACUUUAGGUAAUAUUAUUAACUUCCUCAGUCCACUACAGCUGCAGAAACUGAGGCUUCAGAGCCGUUUAUCAUGUACAGAGCUUUAUAUGAACUAAAGUGCAGACAGGUUUCUAGACACAGGGCUCCAGACUGAGAUCAAAGCCUACAUAAGCUGUUUCUUUCCGCUCCAGUUUAACUCUUUUCAAAGUAAUUUUUGAUCACACACCUGUCUGAACACACCACAGCGACCACAGCCUGUGAUGUGGGGCGUUUAGGGAACAUCGGUAAACUGCAGUGUCUGUAAAGCAACACUGUUUCAAACUGUUUGCACCAAUUACUGCUGAUGAAAUGAGCACAAUGCUUAAAUGUUUUGAAUAAUAAACCCAAAGUGUACUUAAGAACUGCCUUUUUCUUCAAAUGUUUCCAAAAAACAAAGCUGUGUGUCGUAUUUAAAAGAAUAAAGUUAAAACUUUCCAACAACAGCA